CAUGGAGAAGCUGGAAGAGAUCAAAAGAACACAGGCACCUCUCUGUCCCUUAUGUAACGUGAGAGAUUUAAAUCCACGGCAUCAAAAAUGAGAGAGCUGCACCCACGAUGAUUCAUCCUUGGGAGGAUUGACUUGAGGACACACACCAAGUCUUUUCCUUCUCUCUGGUGUUGCUGCCCUCCUCUCCAAAGCCCCGAGGAGCCCAUCCUGGAAAACGCAAUCAUUCCGAGCAAAACCAUGUCAGAAAACUCCAACGGAUCCGCCAGGACCGGACCGGAUUACAGAUAUAAAAAGGAUGAGCUGUUUAAAAGGCUGAAGGUGACAACUUUUGCUCAGUUGGUUAUCCAGGUCGCCUCUCUGUCCAAUGAAACUUUAGAAGUGACAAAUGAGGAGCUGCACAAGCUGCAAGAUGCUGAUGCUGCAGGUGAAGAUGCAGCAGGGACAAAUGGGAAAGGGAGCCCUGAGGGGACACCCAGCCCAGUCCUGUCCCUAAAUGACUCAGGAGCCGGGGAAUCCCAUCGCUCCACGCUGCAGAGCGUGAUCAGUGGGGUUGGGGAAAUGGACAUUGAAAAGGAUGCUCCAAAGAAAGAGGAGGACACCCAGGCUAAGGAGAAGCCUUAUCCCGACUGCCCCUUCCUGCUGCUGGACGUGCGGGACCGGGACGCGUACGAGCAGUGCCACAUCGUUGGGGCUUAUUCCUACCCCAUUGCAACGUUGUCGAGAACCAUGAAUCCCUAUACAAACAGUAUUCUGGAAUAUAAAAAUGCCCAUGGAAAAAUCAUCAUCGUGUACGACAACGACGAGCGCUUGGCGAGCCAGGCGGCCACCACCAUGUGUGAGAGGGGCUUCGAGAACCUCUUCAUGUUAUCUGGGGGCCUCAAAGUCCUUGCACAGAAGAUCCCAGAGGGGUUGAUCACCGGCACGCUCCCCGUGUCCUGCCAGGUGCCAGCUCCCUCAGGAUCUGCCCGCAGGAAAAUGACGCCCAGGGUGCCACCCACACGUGCAGAGAACAAAUGGAGAUUUUCUGCAGAUGACCUCCAGAAGUUAAAGCAUUACCUGGCCGAGGAGCACGUUCCUUCAGACACUGCCAGCCGCCUUACCCGGGGUGUUUCAAGCCAUGAUUCCAAGCUCUCAUCCGUGAGGAGCAACCCCAGCCUCCCCAGCCCCGCUGGCAACAUGGGCUCCCUGAGCAGCCGCUCUCACAGCAGGACCAGCAUCCAGAACAGGCCGUGGAAAUAAAUUGAGUAUCCAGGUUUUGGGAAUCCUGAGCAAUGCAGCCCGUUUGUGGUUUUGGGAAUCGGCAGGGAAAAGCAGCCAUGGUGAGAAUUGGCAGCUCGGGUAAGGCUGUGCAGCUGGAAUGAUGUUUCCUGGAAGCAGGAAUGGCAUCACUUGAGGGGCAGGGCAGGGCAGAGGUGAUAGAACUGGUUUUGUAGGGGAGGGAGCAAACUGGUAGUAAAGUCUGGGACCAGUAGCAACCAUUCCACAAAGCUUUUAGUCCAGCUGAAGGAAUUUGUGUCCAGAACAUUCCUGGGCCGUGCCUGGAGCCAUGAGGGUGAAUAGGCCAGAAAUCAUCUGUGAGCACAACCUUUGGUGUUUUUAGCAGAGAUAAAGACAUUCAGCAGCUUGCCAAAAGUGAGAGAAGAUCCCGGAAGGGUUUUUUGGGGUUUUUAAAAAUAAAUUAUGAUAAUGAACAGAAGUAUUUUUAAUAAAGAUGUAUCUGGAAUUGCCCAGUUGGUGCUGUGACAGUCGUGUUUGCUCGUGGGCACUUUGUGAGUAGUUGUGUCUUUUUCAAAGUGAGCUGGAAAGGAAUAACUGGAGUUUUUUUUUCCAGUGACUCCUUUGCCAGAGUUUUUUUAGGAGCUGCUUUAAGGUUUAGGGUAGCUGAAGGGAAAUUUACUGCUGCUGCCUCACCAGGGUCCCUAAAACCCAGCAGGGCCCUGGAAUCUGGAAAUGAGCAGGGUGAAGGUUUGCUGGAAAAUGAGUAGCCCAGUUUUCCUCAAACUGGUGCUUCUGGAUAACUUGGGAAUCCUCUGAUUUUCCUGAGCUGCCUGUGGGAGACUUUGGAGGUGAUUGUGGAGGGAUUCUGCUCUCCAGUUUUUCCAUCUGGCAUUGCUGAGCCUGCUCCAGCUUUGGUUAUCGUGGUCUUGUGGGCUUUCUGUGUCUUUUUGGAUUCAGUGGUUUUUCCUUUUUGAAGCAGACAGUCUUCAACACAUCCCAAAAUUCACUGGCGAUUUUGGGGUCAUUCUGGUGAAAGGACAAAAAGUAGGAGAAAUGGCACAUAAUUUCCAGUUUGGCAGCUUAAGACUUGCCAUCCCUGAGCACGUUUAUCAUUUAUUGCAUCUCUGGGUCUGAAAUCAGACAAUGCUGAUUGCAGGACUGGCAGUUUCAGUCUGAUAAGAUCCUGCUGCUGUGGGAAUAGAGUUUUCCAGCUCCAUGAGCUCUUGGAAGUGUCAUUGCAUUGGCUAAAAUCCUGGUUUUGCUAUCCAGCUGUGGGAGACAGAUCCAGAAUCCCUGGCUACUCUGUGCUGUGUGAAAACCUCCUGGUGAAACAGUUGGACAAAACUGGCCUGAGUCGUUUGAGAUCCUCCAAAUCCAAGGAGUCUAAGGAAGGACUGAAUGUACUUUCCCACCAUCUCGAUGGAUUUGUGUGGAUUUGGACUCUUGGUUGGAGCAGAGUCAAACUCUGCAGAGGCUGAGAGGUUUAAUUGUUUAAUUUAAUAAAAUGUUAAUUAUGGCA